GUUUUAUAAAUCGCAAGGGCCACAGAGAAUCAGUUAGGUACCGAUCGCGAAAUAGGUAUGUAUCGCGCGUAUUUAAAUUUUAAGCUAUUCCAAACACGAAAAGAGCGUAGAGAACAUUUCUCAUCGUUUAGUUAUUUUAAUAUACCAUUCAAAUUUCUUGUAUUUUUAGAAGCAUAUAUGCGAGAGCACGAUUAAAUGUAUUUUUAGAAGCGACAGGAAGUAUUCGAAACGUUCAUAUUAGAGAAUCUCGGAGAUUCGUUUAAGUAGAGUCGAUUUUUAACAAUGUUUAAUCUUUUAGGUCGCGAUGACAUCGAACGUUUUAUUGUUCUUGUACCUCAGUACGCUCUACUUAACUUGGUGUGAUGCAAGCGAUCCCAGCGUGCCUAAACUGUAUUUUGUAGAUGCUAAUGUAACCAACGAAGGCGUCACGGAAACUCAACACGCGACUUGCAAAAUUGCAACAGAAGAAUUGGUCGCCAGCGCGCGUACCACCGUCACAAGGGUACUCACAGGAGCCUGCAACGCCAAGACGAUCGAAGAGAGAUUGCAAGCCCUGGAGAAGAACUUGACCCAAGAAUUGGACGAGAUGAAGACGAUGCUUCGAUCGGUUUUGCAAAUCCAAAGAGAUUUACUAAAAUUACCUAAACCGUUGCGAGAGGAGACGAACUACAAAGAUCGCUACGAAAAUUAUCACAAAAAUCCCGCACCGUCGCCGAGACAGUUAGAGAUCGACGAGUUCAACAAUACCAUCCAGGAGAUUCUAUCCAUAAAUGGAACCGUUUUCCUUUACUACUGGCAAAUAAAAAACUUCAACGAGAAGCUCGCCAGUUGGAAAACCACACGGUCCGAGCGCACUUCCACGUUUUAUAUCGGUCAGAAUGGAUACGCCAUGUAUAUCAAGGCUACGCCACGCUAUUUUCCAGACGGAACCGUCUUUAUGGGCGUUGGACUAACUCGUGGUCGUCACGACUCCUUUCUUAAAUGGCCAUUUACCCACAAAAUGCGGCUCGAGGUUCUGGAUCACUCGUCCGUAGACCAUCGUCAAGAUCGACGUUCGCGGAUCUGGGAUCCGUCGACGCUCUGCUCGGAAUAUUUUUGGGGCCGUCCAAAAUUAACUGGAGAACCCGACAAUCCAGAAUGCGUCGGCCUGAGCGUCCCUCGGCAAGUUCUUUACGCCAAGCUGCCACUUUCCAGCGACCACGUCUCGAAAAAUACGAGAUACAUUUGGAACGGAAGCGUCACGAUAAAGCUGACAGUUUUCCUUUAGAUCCUUUAUCCGAUAAUCUUUAUACGAACACGAGUAAUAAUAAUAUUAGGUCUACCGGGAAGUUCCGUUCGUCCAAGUUUCAACAAGUAUGCGAAUAUUCAUUAAAAAUCGCGUAUACAAAUUCCAAUCACGGUGGCAAGAAGUCAUAUUAGGUAGACUGGAAAGUAAUGUCGUUUCUUUUACAUUAAAUCCAAACAAAUUUUUGAUAAAUUUCCAUUUUUAAUUGAUUAUGUAAUCGUCCUCGUUAUCAACAGCCUCUUGCCAUCUAGUGUGGAAAUUUUCAAUGCCAGAUCGAUAAAAAUCAAUGAACUGACGAGUGAUAGACAAGUAUUUAAAAUUGCAAAAAACGACGUUACUUUCCAGUCCACCUAAUACAUAACGAUGGAAAUUGCAUUAUUCGAUAAAGUUUGUUCAAGGUAUGACAAAUUUAUUAACCCCUUGACCUACACGUUAUCGCACGAUUUCUCGGGUCAUAGUAAACAGAAAGGUAGGAAGUCCGAACGAAUUACCACGAGUCAGACUCGCAGGCCAAAGAGUCAAUUUGUUUUGUUUUAAAAACGUACAGAACUUUCCGGCAGACCUAAUAUAAUUACUAGACUGCGGAUCUUUAUGCAUUUAUAGGAAAUUUCAAUGUGCAAGAAACUACAAAAUGCAAGCAAUACGCAAGAAUAUAAAAACGAUUGAAAGUAAAGUUCAUGUUAUAAUAUUUUCAGAAUAAAAUUAAUUUCUAUGUAAGUUCAUUUUUUGUAGACACGAAGAUUUUAUUUUGCAUUAAGAGCCGCAGUCUAAUAAUUACUUAACACGUUGACUGCCGGACUGAUUCCCAAGGGAUUGCCUACAGGGUUAACAUUGUGUCUCGAGACAGUUGUAAACUAAAACAUCUGACGUUUGUCGUGUUAUUUAUUUUUGUAUCGUCGUCAAAAUCUACGAAUUCUAUUCAGACUUAUUUUCAUUGAUACAUCAG